AUGGGUCAUGAUGCUACUGGCACACUAAGAAAAAACCGAAUCGAAAAAUGCCCAUUUACAAAUCCUGCAAAGUUUAUGAAAUUACCUAAGGGAACUGAAGAACAUUUUUGUGAUGCUGAAUCUGGGAUAAUUGCAGCACGCUGGCAAGAUAAUGGCAUUGUAACAAUUGCAUCAUCUGAGUAUGGAGUAUCACCACUAGUGAAGGAUGGACGCUAUGUUGCUUCUCAGAAGAAACGUAUGAAUAUUUUGAUGCCAAAUGCCAUCCAUCAGUAUAAUUGGAAAAUGGGUGGUGUUAAUAGGGUAGAUCAAAAUAUUGCUCAGUACAGGCCUUCAAUUCGUGGGAAAAAGUGGUACUUUCCAAUUGUAACAUACUUGUUUACAGUAUGUGUAAACAAUGCCUGGAUUUUUGCAAGAGAAGGAGGUUACAAAGAGGAUAUGUUGUCAUUCAUACGUGCUGCUGCUACUGAAUGGUUACAGAAUCACGGCAAAAAGCCAAAUAACCCAGGAAGAUCACGAUCAGUUCUCAGUGUUGCAGGUGUAUCGGCACAAAUGCGCUAUGAUAAUGUUAGGCAUUACAUCGUGAAAUUGGAUCCUCCAAAACGCUGUCGUUGCAGGUUGUGCAACAGUCAGACUGUAUUCAUAUGCCAGAAAUGUAAAGUAUACCUGCAUCAAAAGUGUUCAGUGCAGUACCAUACCAUGUAG